GACUCCUCGGCGCCUGCCGGUUUGGGGGCGCGGGACCCCGUCGCGCGAUGGGUCCCGUGGGCGCUGGGUGGCGCGACACGUGGGUGCUGGCCGGGGGCGUCCUGGUCGCGGCCCUGGCUCUGGGGGCCCGAGGCUGGCUCCCCGCGGGCCCCGGCCCGCUCCAUCACCCCUUCGGCGAGCAGGCUCCCCGCGCGUUGCCCGCGGCGCGCCAGGUGGGGCCCUGCCCGGGGACCCCUUCGGCACCCAGCGGKGCAGGGCUCGAGCGCAGAGUACAGGGCCUGUUCUGUAGGACGUGGCUGCACGUGGAGCGCUCUCAUCUGAAGACAGCAGAAGUCCCACUUGGAAGGAAACCCAACAGGAACACCGACGUCCCCAGCCCAGUCCCGACCUCRGCAGCCUCCCCAGGGCUGUGGACUCAUUCCUUAUUUGCCUUCGCACCUUCCUGGCCCAAGAGGAACCUCUUUAAAAGAGAGUCUGCUGUAACGCCCCCCCUGUAUGGAGAUAUUUCAAGACAAGUUCAAGGGACUUCAGAGAAUGGAGUAAUUUUUCAGAAAUGUGCGCUGGUGUCGGGGCAGAGUGAACCACAGACGGUGCUCAUUCACCUGUUUGUGAACAACACCAAGACGCCCUCAUCAGCCAACCUCUCAGAACUGCUCGUGCUGGAUGACAUCACAGGCCUCACCCUCAGGGAGUCGGUCGGGAACAAGACCCAGGAUGGAUUCCAGGCUUUCAGAAAGAAGUUUUUGCAAGUUGGAGACUCCUACUGGGUGACCUACACGGCCUCGCUGGACUCGGAAGCUGUGGGGACCGGAGAGAGGCUGGCCCUUCCUGCCCAGCUCACCUUUCAGAGCUCCUCACCGAACAGGACACAGCUGAAAGCCCUUCUUACCAUAACAGCAGAAGAGAAGGUAACGGUUCUACCCAACCAUGGUCUCCACGCCGCGGCCUUCUUCACUGCCUUCCUGGUCUCCCUGGCACUGAGCUGGACGGUACUCUUCUUCUUUGCACGAUACCAGUGUCUGCAGGGAGGCGUGCUGGCCAGACGCCGGGUUCAGCGAGCCGAGAGCAAGUUGGAGCCCUCGCCUUUCACCUCGGCGGGCGGAGUGAAUGAGGACCUUUCCCUCAACGACCAGAUGGUGGACAUCCUGACUUCCGAGGACCCUGGGAGCAUGCUGCAGGCCUUAGAGGAGCUGGAGAUUGCCACCCUGAACCAGGCAGAUGCAGAUCUGGAGGCCUGUCGCACCCAAAUCAGCAAGGACGUCAUUGCCCUUCUGCUGAGGAGCCUGACSAGUGGCGGCCACCUUUCCCCCCAGGCGGAGAGAAGGAUGGCUCUUGUUUUCAGAAAGCAGUUUCUACUCCUGGAAAAGGAAGUACAAGAGGAGUAUGACCGGAAGAUGUUGGCCUUGACAGCUGAGUGUGACCUGGAAACUAAAAAGAAGACAGAAAACCAGUAUCAGAGGGAGAUGUUGGCGACGGAGGAAGUAGAGGAGUUGCUGAAGCGUGUGAGCGAGCGGUCUGCUGCCGAGUGCCGGGGCCUGCUGCGGACCCUCCACGGCCUGGAGCAGGAGCACCUGAGGAGCGCCCUGGCUUUGCACCAGGAGGAGGACUUCGCGCAGGCUCACAGGCAGCUGGCCAUUUUCCAGAGAAACGAGUUGCACAGUAUCUUCUUUGCCCAGAUAAAAAGUGCUAUUUUGAAAGGGGACCUGAAGCCAGAGGCCGCUAAAAUGCUGCUGCAAGAUUAUUCUAAACUGCAGGGCGGAGGAGGUGGUCACAAGCUGAUCCUUGAAGGCAGUGCUUUGCCCAGCUGGUAUGACAUGCAGGUCUGUGACAGAGUGGACGUGCACAUGGUGUGUCAGCGUUACUCACAUCCCCGUGCCAGCCCAGGCUUUCGGGAGAAUGUAGAAGAGCUGAUGGAUUUCUUCCAGGCUACUAAGAGGUAUCAUCUAAGUAAAAGGUUUGGCCACAGGGAGUACCUGGUCCAGAACCUGCAGUGCACGGAGACCCGGGUGCAAGGCCUUCUGAGCACUGCAGCUGCGCAGCUGACCCAGCUUAUCCAGAAACACGAGAGGGCGGGGUACCUGGACGAAGACCAGAUGGAAGUGCUCCUGGAGCGGGCUCAGACGGAAGUCUUUUCUAUAAAACAGAAGUUGGAAAACGACUUAAAGCAGGAAAAGAAAAAGCUGCACCAAAAGUUGGUCACCAAGAGAAGACGAGAGUUGCUUCAGAAGCACAAGGAGCAGCGGAGACAGCAGCUGUCCACUGGAGAAGCCCUCCGGGCUGCUGAAGACGCCGGCCAGUACCUGGGCCAGUGGAGGAGCAUGGUGGCCGAGCACAGCGCCGCCCUGGAGGAGCUGCAGGAGGGCCUGGACCAGGCCGCCCUGGACGACCUGCGGGCCCUGACCCUGGCGCUGUCGGAGAAGGCCACCGAGGCGCUGAGGCGCCUGCAGAGCUCGGGGAUGACGCAGGAGCUGCUCAAGCGCAGCGUGCCCUGGCUCUUCCUGCAGCAGAUCCUGGAGGAGCACGGCCAGGAGUCGGCCGCCCGCGCCGCGCAGCUGGAGGCCGAGGAGAGGGAGCGGGGCCAGGAGGGCGUCCGGAGCGUGAGGCAGAGGCUGCAGGAGGACGCCCCGGAGGCCUCGGUGGAGGAGCAGGCGGAGCUGAGGUGCUGGGAGCGCCUGAUCUUCCUGCGGCUCUGCUGCUGGGCCUUCUCACUGUCUGAAGAGGAGCUGCUCAGGAUGAGGCAGGAGGUCCACGGCUGCUUCGCCCAGAUGGACAGGAGCUUGGCCCUACCCAAAAUCCGGGCCCGAGUCCUGCUGCAGAGAUUCCAGACCUCCUGGCGGGAAGCAGAGGUCCUGAAGCUGGACCAGGCCCUGGCUGCACCYGAGCUGCAGUCCAAGACCAGGAAGCCGCGGUCCAAGAGUAAAAGCAAGGUGGACCUUUUGAAGAAGUGCAUUGAAGACAAGAUUCGCCUCUUUGAGGAWCAGGCCCCUGAGGACCUGGUUGAAAAGGUGCGAGGGGAGCUGCUGCGGGAGAGGGUGCAGCGGCUGGAGGCCCAGGAGGGACGCUUCGCGGAGUCGCUGGUUGCUGUGCAGUUCCAGAAGGCGGCCCGGGCCACCGAGACCCUGUCGGCCUUCACCGCCCUGCUCAGCAUCCAAGGUCUGCUGCUGGAGGAGCUGAGGGAGUCGGAGACACUGAGCCAGGCGGCUUGCRGCCAGAUCCUGCAGUCCCACAGCCCGGAACUCCAGGAGCUGGAGAGGAGGCUGGAGGACCAACUGGCCCAGCAGGAGGCAGCCCAGCAGCAGCAGGCCCUGGCCAGCUGGCAGCACUGGGUGGCUGGGGGGCCUGGGCUCCUGAGCGAGCCUGGGGAGGAGGACUCCGAAAGGCCCAUCUCCACCGUCCUGCAGCAGGCCCUGGGCAAGGGCCAGAAGUUACUGGAUCUCCACCAGCAGAGUUGGAGACAAGAGCAGCAGGACAGUGCUGUGCUGGAAGAUCUGCUGGAGAACAUGGAGACAGACACCUUCGCCACCCUGUGCGGCCAGGAGCUGAGGCUGGCGUCGUACCUCUGCAAGAUGGCCAUGGUGCCCGGGGCCACGCUGUGCCGCCUCCUGAGUGUGCUGCUGCCCGCGGGCUCCCAGCCCCAGCUGCUGGCCCUGCUGGAUUCGGUCAGUGAGAAGCACUCGGACCGCCCGGCAGACCACGAGGGCAGGGAGCAGGCUGACCCUGGCAGGAGGAGGAAACACCAGGCCUGGUGGCAAGCCCUGGAGAGGGAACUGCGCGGCGAUCUGACGGCCAGGGGCCUGGAAAAGGUCCGCUGGGCCCAACAGAGGAAGGCGAGCAUAUUAAAGAAGACGCAUGUCCCCAUCAGGGAGAGGAUGGCGUUCUGCGGAGAAGGCUGGCCGCACCUGUCCCUGGAGCCCGUUGGCGAACCAGCCCCUGUCCCCAUCCUAGGUGCGCAAGCCCUCGACGUGUUAAACACAGGCGAAAAGCUCUUCAUAUUCAGAAACCCCAAGGACCCGGAGAUCUCUCUGCACAUCCCUCCCAGGAGGAAGAAGAACUUCCUGAACGCCAAGAAGGCCAGCAGGGCCCUGGGCUUGGACUAGGGGAGGCCCCUGCGUGCUGCUGCUAACGCUCAGCCUGCAGCGUACCGGUUCCCACGCAGAAGACACGGGUCCCCUGCACACGCUGGCCUCAGUGACGAUUCAGUGUGGUCUCAUGGGUUUCCAUUUGGCCUGCUCUCUUCCACACCAUGAGGAUGUGGACACUCCUUUCUUUUGGUCCCGACUCACCAGGGACCUGGAGGACACUCUGCCCCAGCUUGCACCCCUGUGCCCAGCUGUGUGACGUGGUCCGUGUUGAGGACGGGCCCCGCUGUUCUCACAUUUUGUGUUUGCUACAUAUUCUGGUUUUAU